AGGUGCACCGGUUCACGUUCGACAACCGGCGCCUGUAUUGCCUCCAGGCUGCGGCGCUGAAGGUGUACCCCGAACGUUGCGUCGUCGAGGUGCUGGAGGUCCCCGCGGGCCCCGCCGAGAACAUGCGCGAGCUGAGGAAAUUCCGUACCAUGGACAUCGGCAAGACCGUUAUGAUCGGAAGCCGCUUGGACAAGGUGGCCUUCGUGCGGUGGUCCUGGAGGGAGGCCGCGGGCCUGGAGAGGGACCAGGACGGCGCCAGGCUGGCGGAGGCGGCGGAGCAGCGCCUCGCGAAGCGGGAGAAGGCGCAGCAGGCGCAGCAGGCCGAUGCCCGCGCAGGCGCAGCAGUCCCAGGAGGCCGAGGCGCCCACGCAGGGCGUGCGGGAGGGGAGGAACCUGCUGAAGCUCCUCCAGGACGGCGAGCGCGAGAGGGACGCCGGGCAGAGCGUGCCCCACACGGCCGAGGAGGGCGCCGCCAAG